AUGACCUUAAAUCCUUGUGUACUGACCCCGAAUCGCAUUGUUUGGGAUUCGGAAGUGAAAGAAAUUAUUUUAUCUACUAAUAGUGGACAAAUUGGCAUAUUACCAAAUCACGCGCCUAUUGCCACAGCUGUAGAUAUCGGUAUUUUGAGAAUACGCCUUAACGACCAAUGGUUAACGAUGGCUCUGAUGGGUGGUUUUGCUAGAAUAGGCAAUAAUGAGAUCACGGUUUUAGUAAAUGAUGCGGAGAAGGGUAGUGACAUUAAUCCACAAGAAGCUCAACAAACUCUUGAAAUUGCAGAAGCUAACUUGAGGAAAGCUGACGGCAAGAGACAAGCAAUUGAGGCAAAUUUAGCUCUCAGACGAGAUAGGACACGAGUUGAGGCUAUCAAUGUGAUGUCAUAA